ACAGGCGGCGGCCGGCGCUGGGCAGGCCCCGCCGGCCGGGGGUGGGCCCGGUGGGCUCGCCCCGCCUCCGCCAGCCCGGACCCGCCGCGGCUCCGGCGGGAUCCGGCACGGCCACAGCGGGACCGGGACCGAGGCCACGGACAGCCGCGGGCCAUGGCAGGAAAAGCCCACAGGCUGAGCACGGAGGAGAGGGAGCAGCUGCUGCCAAACCUGCGAGCCGUGGGGUGGAAUGAGGUGGAAGGCAGAGAUGCCAUCUUCAAAGAGUUCCACUUCAAGGACUUCAACCGGGCCUUUGGCUUCAUGACCAGAGUGGCUCUACAGGCAGAAAAACUGGAUCACCAUCCCGAAUGGUUCAAUGUGUACAACAAGGUUCACAUCACCCUGAGCACCCACGACUGCGGGGGUUUAUCGGAGCGAGACAUCAACCUGGCCAGCUACAUCGAGCAGGUGGCAGCUUCCCUCUCCUGACCAGGGAUACAGGCAGCCAAAAACCCACUGUGCCACUGUGUCCUGCCUACACGGCUGCACCCAGAGCC